AUGACAAAUAACGAAUUUCAAGAAGAUGAUCAAGGAAAGCAAUCCUGUUCUAAUAACAUCAGAUCUGAUGCCACAAUCAAACAUACCACUCUUACAGAAGAGAAAGACGAAGUAUCAAUGGAAAGAAAUAACGAAAAGGACGCAAAAAUGACAAAUAACGAAUUUCAGGAAGGUGAUCAAGGAAAGCAAUGCUGUUCUGAUAACAUCAAAUCUGAUACCACAAGCAAACACACCACUGUUACAGAAGAGAAAGACGAAGCCGGGGCUCCAGUUUCCGAGACUCUAGCUUCCGAGACUCUAGCUUCCGAGAUUCCAGCUUCCGAGACUCCAGUUUCCGAGGCGUCAAGUAACGCUGCUCCUGGGACUCAAAUUAACACUGUCACGGAUCCCGAUUUGGAUUUUCACGAACCUGGACCGAGGGAAGAAGAUGAAGAUAAACUUUAUGAUCCGUCACGACCAAUUACUCAUCGUAUUGAAACAGCAAUACAAAAAUAUAAAAAAAAUCGUAAAUUUAGUUCUACCCGUAAUCAAGUGUUUAGUUCCUAUCUUCGUUUUGGUGGUGUUAGUACUGGUCAAAGAGCGUUUCAGGGUCAAGAUGGAAUUGACAAUGCCGAUGCUGAUGCUGAUGAGAUCACGAUACGUCGUGCCACUGACUUUAUUGAACUUGAUGAGGAAGAAGUAGAAGUAGAUUUUACGUACAUCGCCGAAGUUUACCUUUCUAGUUACUUAAUUGAUAAAUCUGGGUACGUACAAAUAGAACAAUUCCGGGAAGGACCUCAAGUUGUCAUGUCAUUCUUGAAUUAUUUAAUCCAGCACGAAGUGUGUCCCGAAUACUUGGAUGAUAUGAAGAAAGCCCUUGAAAUCGCUAAACGUGCAAAGAAUGAACUUCCAAAUUGUAAAUAUUUAGCACAGCUUGCGCCUGGACAGUUUAACAAAGCUUGUUCCUUGUUAUACGGUGGUGAACUACAUAGUUUAUUUGAUGAUCCUUGGGAUGGAGAGGAAAGUGUUGCGAAAUUGAUUGGAAUUUCUCCAGCGGAAAGCGAAAAAAUAGCGAUUAGUGUUUUCGGAGAUAAAGCUUUAGAAUUAAAACAGUUACGAAAAAAAUCUCUGAUUUCUUUCGAGGUUGAAAUUUUAGAUAUUGAACCAAUUCAAGAAAGCAAUACUUCGGAAAUUGAUACCAAAACUUCAAACACCGAAGAUUCUAAGACUGAUAAUAUCAAAAAGAAUGAAAUUUCUCCACAAAAUCUACGAAAAAUGACAGUCCGCCCACAUAAAAAUGAAAAAGAGGAACCAUUCUUUAUUCAUCUUAGUCCAGAUGUUGCGAAUUAUCCUAUGCCUGGAAUGCUUGUUACCGCCGAUUUUUAUCAAUUGUCAAAUGAUUGGUGGUAUUGGGAUCGCGUUACAAAUGUAUAUCCAUCUUAUUACACUCCCGUAGAAGAAUCCGAUUACGAAGAUGAUUAG